AUGAUUAACGCUAAAUCUGGUAGCGGGGAUGCGUCGUCCCGCCAGCCCAUGGUGGGCCCCAUGAAGAGCCUCGCCAUCCGCAUCAUGCCCAGCCACGCGGCGCGCUCGGAGGCGCCUUCUGAUGGCUCCGGCUCAGUUGACUCUGAGGCGUGCGCGGUGGUCACGCGGAGGGAGCAGUGCGAGGACGACGUCCGGGCUGUGCCUUCCACCGCUUCGAAGGUGAGCACUAUGCAAUGGAGGGAGGGGAAGCGGCGGCACCCCUUUAGGAGGUGCUGCUACUCCACCUCGGCCGUGACCUGCCGGCUAGUGGCUGUUUUGGUGGCAGUGGCGAUUGGCGCCGUCUGGGCGCCUUCCGCCCUGCUCGCCAAGCAGGAGAGCUGGUGA